AUGGAACAAAUUGAACAAGCUGUCAUGUAUGCCCUCGGUCCUCAAGUAGAGCCAACCUUGAAAGCUCAGGCCAAUGAAUACUGCGAGCAAGUCAAGAACUCCAACGAUGGCUGGCAACUGUGUGUCCAAUUGUUCAUGAAAGAGCCUAAAGCACUUCCAGAGGCAAGAUUCUUCUCUCUCCAAGUGUUGGAGAACACUUUGCGAAACAAAUUCGAGACGUUGGACAAUGCCGCAGUAGAAUACAUCCAGCGGACCAUGAUGGAAUACCUUCGCAGAGAGUUCGUUGACAACACCACCGGAUCAGAAGAGUCAUUCAUUCGAAACAAAGCAGCUCAAUCACUCACCCUAUUAUUUACACAUGUAUACCCAACCAUCUGGCCCUCCUUUUUCAAGGACAUGAUAGCAGUUGCCAAAACGCCCUCUGGAACACCUAGCCAUGAAAAGGCUGCCGAUUUUUUCCUGAGACUCUGUAUCAGCAUCGACGAGGAAAUUGCUCGAAUGGACAUUCCUAGAACUCGCGAAGAGGUCAUCCGCAACACAAACAUCAAAGACACUAUGCGUUUGGGCGACAUUCAGUUGUUAGCAUCAUUCUGGUUCGACCUUUUGCAAGAAUUCAGAUCCACCAACCCCAGCAUUGCUCAAUUAGCUCUGAAGAAUAUUGGAUCUUUCAUUGCCUGGAUGGACAUUUCUCUUGUAGUCAACGAUCAAGUGAUGAGUGUCUUAUACGAACUGUUGUCUGACGCUAACUUGCGUAUCUCUGCUUGUGAAUGUUUGGCUGACGUUAUCAGCAAGGGCAUGUUGCCUGCGGACAAGCUGAAUAUGCUCCAAAUGUUGAAUAUCACCGAGGUAUUGGGCAGACUGGAUAUGUCCGAACCAGAGUUUGUUGAAUAUGUCGCUCGUCUGAUCAAUGCUUUGGGUACCGAGCUUUGCAAGAUUUACGCUGAUACAUCUCUACCUAAUGAGGGAAAGCAGGCUGCUUGGAGCAUGAUUGAGCAAACUACUCCUUAUUUGCUAAAGUUCUUGGCCAACGAGUACGACGACACUUCCUCUGGUGUGUUCCCCUUUGUGAAUGACAUGCUGUAUAUUUACAAGAGACAGAAGAAGCAAAUGCAACCAUUUUCUCAGGGCCAGCAUGAAUUUUUAGCCUCUUUGCUAAACGUUGUCAUUGUCAAGCUGAGAUACGACGAGGACACUGAAUGGAGUGAUGAUCAGGACGAACCAGAGGAAGAAGCUCUAUUCUUUGAAAUGAGAAAGAAUUUGCGCAUCUUUGCAGAACACAUUGCCAUGAUUAAUGAAGAGCUGUAUGUGGGCUAUAUUCACUCGUUUGUCAUGGAGACUAUAAAUAAAUAUAAGGCUGGGACAGAGCUGAAUUGGCGAGAUGUUGAAUUGUGCUUGUAUGUGCUGUAUUGUUAUGGCGAAGCUCUAUCAAAGGCUGCUAUGAUUUUUGUUACUCCAAAUGAUGCUUUAUCUCCUUUGGGUGAAUUGGUUUCCGAAAUGGUCAAUUCAAAUAUCUCUGCCUAUCCUCAUCCCUCAUGUGCAAUGCAAUACUUUGAAAAUGUCACUCGCUACUACCAGUUCUUUGAACAUCGUCCGGAUCAUCUGCCUCAAGCAUUGGCUGCAUUUGUCGAUACAAGAGGCUUGCAUCAUCCUGUCAAGCAGAUUCGCACCAGAUGCUGGUACUUGUUCCAGCGCUUUGUAAAGAACUUGAAGCCCAAAAUGACUCCCUAUGUCGAAAACGUCUUGUCGUCGCUUGGUGAUUUGCUGAGUAUUCAAGCUGAACCUGUCGUUGAAACCAAUACUAUGGAUGGCAUGCCUAUUCCUGCUGCAUCAACCUUUGAUAGCCAAUUGUAUUUAUUUGAAACUGUGGGUCUACUUAUCUCGAUGGAAGGCAUUGACUCUAUGAAGCAAACAGAAUACCUCAAAAUUGUGUUGGAACCCUUGGUGGAGGGUAUUCAAAAGGCUAUGGCUCAACCAGUUUCUGAUGAUGAGCUCUUCUUGCUUCAGUUGCAUCAUUAUAUUAUGGCUAUUGGAAGUGUGGCCAAAGGAUUCCCUACAUUGGUCAAUCCAUCAGAAGGCGCACAGCAACCUUGGUCAGUCGUGUUCAUUCAAGCUACAGAAAUCAUCUUGAGCGCUUUGCAGAGUUACAACCAAAUGGCUGUCAUUCGUGAUGCUGUUCGAUACACAUUUGCUCGCCUCAUUACCUGUCUAGGUACUCAAGUGCUGCCCUAUUUGCCUUCGCUCAUCAAUGGCCUUUUGACUGAAUGUCAAGUAACCGAACUGGUCGACUUUUUACCUUUCAUCGGCCUAAUUGCUCACAAAUACAAGCCCAUGAUUGAACCCAUCAUUGAUGAGCUCUUGCUGCCCCUGGUCAGACGCGUUUUUGACUUUCUUAAUACAACACCUUCUGGAACUGAUGAAGCCUUCUUAUUGCUGGAUCUGCGCAAAUCUUAUUUGAAUUUUGUAUUGAGCUUGUUCAAUGCUAAUUUAGAAAAGGUCUUUGUCAGCGAACGUAAUAUAGAAUCUUUAGAAACCAUUUUACAGACAUUCUUGCAUUUUGCAAAGGACAACUCUGAUCCCACUACACAAAAGAUGUCAUUCGGUGUAUUCCUCAAGACGGUCAACUCAUGGGCUUCCAACACUGCUGCUCCCGGCCCUACUGUUGCUGGAUUCGAUCAGUUUGUAUAUAAUCAACUCUUACCCAUCACAUUCUCUGUUCCAAUGAGCGCGGCCUUCAACCUAGCUGAUGGACAAUCUAUCUUGGUAUUCGGCGAGAUGACUAGUAUUCAAAAGGCCAUGUGUGUCAAGCAAGGGGCAGACUUCAUUGAGUACAUGAAGGGAGUCUUCCUUCCUUCUAUUCAAUGUCCUCCUGAAACAGCGGAAAGAUACUGCCAGGCUGUGCAGCAGUAUGAAGGUAGACAAUUCAAAAAGUACUUUCAGUCCUUUAUCUCUGAGGCCAAAAGUUAA